GUUUCCUCAAGUCCAGCUGAAACACACGGGGAAACUUUUUCUCGCUUCUGUCCGGUUCAGUGUCACGGUGAGCCGAUGGUAGACGCCGCCGUUGUGUGUUUUUAUAUCAUUUCUUUACGGAGUUAAUCCAGCAACAAGUGUCAGCAUGUCCUUGGCGGAGCAGCAGUGGUGUCCCUCAAGCGUCCAGGUAACGGUACUCCAAGCCAGAGGCCUCAGGAUAAAGGGGAAAAGCGGCACUAACGAUGCGUACGCGGUCAUGCAAGUGGGUAAGGAAAAGUACCAGACCUCGGUGGUGGAGAAGAGCGUGGCUCCGGUGUGGAAGGAGGAGGCCGCCUUCGACCUGCCGCCGUUGCAUCAGGGCGGCGGAGGGGAGCGAAGCACGCUGCGCGUCAACGUCCUGCACCGGGCCCUGGUGGGUCCAGACAAGCUGCUGGGACAGGCUGUCAUCAACCUGCUGCCGCUCAGCGAGGACAAAACCCGAAACAAGACCGAAUGGUUUAAGCUGCUGGACAAGACGGGCAAGGCGGACAAAGACAGAGGAGAGGUGCUUGUGGACAUCCAGUUCAUGAGAAACAACAUGACCGCCAGCAUGUUUGACCUCUCUGCUGCCGGCAAAUCCCGAUCACGCCUGGGCAAGUUCAAGGACAAAGUUCGUGGCAAGAAAAAGGAAUCGGAUACUGUGUCUACCAUAGUGCCGUCCUUUACCCAGGUUCUGACAGACAGCGAGGGGGAGGGAGACGGGGAUGGCGAGGUAGCUGCAGGAAAGGACGAGAAGAAGAAGAAACUUAAGAUGAAGUCUUUGUUUUCUCCAAAGUCUAACCUGCAGAAGAACAUGUCGCAGUCCAUGUCUGUUCUGCCUGCAAAGAACUCCUCGCUGAGCGGCAGCCAGUCCUCUGGUCUGAAUGUGGACUCCUCUGAAGGUAAAAAGAAGUUCAAGUUCAUGAUACAUAAACGCUCCGGCAGCUCAGACAGCAAAGAUUCCACAGCUGGUCAACAGAAACACGGCUCAGCGGAGCAAAGUAACUUGUGCAUCAAUGGCAGUCACGUAUACUGUGAAGAGCCACAGCCUCGGACCGCUCGCAUCGGCUCAAACUUCAGUCUGGCCAGUUCAGGCCACGGAUCCAUGGAAGAUGUCCCUGAAAGCUCUCCCCCGUCUGUUGAUUCACUCAGAGCUGUGAGGCAGUAUUCACCCUGGACGGAGGAGGAAGAGGAGGAAGCUGAAGGAGAAAAUAAGAGAGAGGAUAUGGAAGAAAUGAGGAUGAAAGAAAAGACAGAGGAGAUGGUUAGGAGACGAGAGCUGGAGAGGUUGGCUGAGGAGAAGAGGAGAAUAGAGGAAGAAGAAAGAAAGCAGAUUGAAGAGAAACGUAGAAGGGAGGAAGAGGAA